AUGUAUCGACGAAUUUUUGUUCGCGAAAAAGACCGAAAAUUUCAAAAAAUUCUAUGGAAAGAAGGUGAGGCUGUUAAAACGUACACGUUAAACACAGUCACAUUUGGUUUGUCUCCGGCCCCUUUUCUAGCAAUCCGAUGUCUUUAUCAACUUGCCGAAGACGAAGGCGAUGAAUUUCCUUUAGCACGUGAAAUUUUAAAAAAUCACUUUUAUGUCGAUAAUGUUUUAACUGGUGGUGAAACCAUUUCACACACGAUUCAAAUGCGAAACGAACUAAUUGAGAUUAUGCGUCGUGCUGGAUUUAAUCUUCGUCAAUGGGCCUCUAAUAAUGAGGAAAUAAUUCGCGACAUAGAUAAAGACGAUAAAUGCGUUGAUUUUGAAUUUGAUAAAGAACAAACGGUCAAAACUUUGGGAAUUACUUGGGACGCGAAAAACGAUGUCAUUAAAUACACGGUUAAUCCCAUCGAAUCACAUUUGGUAAAAACGAAAAGGAACAUUCUUUCCGAAAUAGCAAAAAUUUUCGACCCAUUAGGUCUUUUAGGUCCAGUCAUUUUAUUCGCAAAACAAAUAAUGCAAGAACUUUGGAAAUUAAAAUUAGACUGGGAUGAAUCAGUACCCGCUAAUAUUUUCACCUUAUGGUCGCGGUAUUGUAAUCAGUUACCAGCAUUAAAGGAGGUUAUGUUCGAAAGAAGAAUUUUAAUUUCUGAUUUUAUUAAAAUUAAAUUACACGGAUUCAGCGACGCCAGUGAGAAAGGUUACGGGGCUUGCGUAUAUUUAAGAUCAUUUGACGAAAAUGGAAAAAUUCUUGUCAAAUUAGUGUAUGCAAAAUCGCGAGUGGCUCCGUUAAAAACCGUUUCCUUGCCGCGUCUCGAAUUAUGCGGCGCGCAAUUGUUGGUUAAAAUCGCUGACGAAGUAAAAAAAGACCUCAAAUUAGAAUUCGAUUCAAUUACUUACUGGACUGACUCAACUAUCACUCUUAACUGGAUUAAAACGUCUCCUCACUUAUUAAAAACAUCUGUAGCGAAUCGAGUUUCGGAAAUACAAAAUUAUUCGUUACCCGAACAAUGGAGACACGUAUCUUCGAAAGAAAAUCCAGCCGAUGCGUUAUCACGAGGACAAUUACCGUACGACUUUCUCAAAAAUCAUCUUUGGUUUAACGGCCCAAAUUGGCUUCAAACCAAAGAAGAAUUUUGGCCACAAUCUCAAUUUGAACAAAUGAACGAACUUCCUGAAAUAAAAAAAAAUGUUUGUCUUUUGUUAAGCGAGAAAAUGCCUGAAUUUUUAUUAUCCUUUUCUUGUUAUUCUUUAUUAUUGAAAGUCAUAGCAUAUUGUUUGAGAUUUAAAUAUCGAAAAAACACAGAACUUUUGGAUAUCGAUGAAUUAAAUCGAGCUGAGAAAAGGAUAAUUAAAAUAAUUCAGACAUCAUCUUUUGCAAAUGAGAUUCGACUAUUAUCUCAAUCAAAAGAACUUUCCAAGGGAAGCAAAAUCCUUUCACUUAACCCAUUUUUAGAUGAGGAAAAAAUUCUGAGAGUGGGUGGAAGAUUAAAACAUUCAGAUUUGCCAUAUGCGGUUCAACAUCCUAUUCUUUUGCCUAAAUCUCAUGCGAUAACUGAUCUUAUCAUUCGUAAUUGUCAUUUAAAGAAUCAUCAUUCAGGAAUUCAAACGACCCUUUAUUCCAUGAGACAAAAGUAUUGGGUAGUGGAUGGUCGAAGUGUGGUACGAAAGGUUCUUCGUAAAUGCGUACGAUGUUUUCGAACAAAUCCUCCAAAGGUUGAGUAUAUAAUGGGUAAUUUACCGAAGGUUAGAAUUACGGAGGCACGACCAUUCAUAAAUGUAGGUAUUGAUUAUUGCGGACCCUUUUUCGUGGAAGAAAAGUUUAGAAAUCGCAAUAAAGUAAAAAUUUAUGUAUCUGUCUUUGUUUGCCUCGUAAUUAAAGCAGUACAUCUGGAAGUAGUCAGCGAUUUGACUACCGAAGGAUUUCUGGCCGCAUUAAAAAGAUUUAUAGCACGCAGAGGAAAACCUCUUAACAUUUUUUCUGAUAAUGGGACUAAUUUUGUUGGAGCGAACAACCAACUUAAAGAAAUCUAUGCUUUGUUCAAUUCUAAUGAGCAUCAAUCAAAAUGUUUCAAGUUUUCAAGCGAUUUAUGUGUGCGUUGGCAUUUUAUUCCACCUGUUUCUCCCCAUUUCGGAGGACUUUGGGAAGCAAGUGUCAAAUCAUUUAAACAUCAUGUUAAAAGAGUAGUAACCGAUUCUUUAUUCACAUUUGAAGAAUUUAAUACUUUUACAAUAGAAAUUGAAGCCAUUAUGAAUUCCAGACCUUUAACUCCUAUCUCAAAUGAUCCUAAUGACCUUCUUGUUCUGACACCUGGUCAUUUCCUAAUCGGCGAAUCGUUAACAAGUAUUCCUUCUCUUGAUGUCACUACAACUGCUACAAACCGGCUUUCCAAUUGGCAACAUCUGGAGAAGAUUCGACAACACUUUUGGGCCAGGUGGUCCAAAGAAUAUUUAAACGAAUUAAAUAUUCGCUCAAAAUGGACUAAAGGUCAACAUUCGAUCCAGGAAGGGACACUUGUAAUUAUCAAGGAAGAUAAUUUACCACCAAUGCAAUGGAGAUUGGGUCGAGUAAUAAAAAUGCAUCCUGGAGAUGAUGGAAUUCUCCGGACAGUGGUAGUAAAAACUGCCAAUGGCGAAUUAAAACGCAAUGUAAAGGGAUUAUCACCCUUGCCCAUCAACGAAUUUAUGUAA